AUGCUUUUGUCGAAGGAAGUCCUCCUCUUGCCCGCUGCCCAUUCCUCUACCCAACCAAUUACAGAUUACGCCACCAAAAAAUAUCAGUUGCCCGACCUUCCAGAACCCACCACCUCAUCGUUGUUUAUCAACCUACCCCUGGAGUGUGGACGAAACAUACCACCUUUCCCAUAUUCCCUGGAAACCAAAAUGGUUAGACUCACAGUAACCGUCACUGUUACGGUUCUUCUCUUCUUCUUUACUAUCUCGUACGCUCGCAAUCCGUCAAAUCCACCGGAAUAUGAAGUCAUCAACCAGGAUUUGCUCAAUUCUUCGCCGGAAUCUGACGCCAACCCAACUAGUCUUCUCGUCACAGAGAAGUCGAAGUUUAAUACUCUUCAGGGUUUUGACUUAAAACCCAAAAUAGAAGUCACCGACGCAGAAAAUCCACAUAUUGAAAACACUGAAGAAGAUCUUCCAGAAUCCGAAACCUUAACCAUUACUGAAAUCCCACUGGCACGUCCGUUNGCAAUCCGUCAAAUCCACCGGAAUAUGAAGUCAUCAACCAGGAUUUGCUCAAUUCUUCGCCGGAAUCUGACGCCAACCCAACUAGUCUUCUCGUCACAGAGAAGUCGAAGUUUAAUACUCUUCAGGGUUUUGACUUAA